AUGUAUAUUCAUCCCCUGGUUCUCGACGCUGCGGCUCCGGCCUUGCAGGGCUUUCACCGAUCACGUAGCGAUUGCAUGUGUGCUGUAUGUGUGGGCCUCAUGCGAGGGGGAAGAAGGGCCUGCUUCCCCUGGCGGGCUGGUGGUCUGCGGUAA